AUGGACGCUGAACUGGCCGUGCUCUUGUUCGGCAUCACCUUGGCCGUCGAGGUCGUAGGAUGGGUCGGCGCAGACUCGAUCGCCGCCUUUGUCAGUCCACCCUGUACCAUCUCGCUCUGACGUCGGCGUCAGCUGCCCCUCCCCCCCGUCUACCUUACCCGCAUUCCCGUCCUCCGCAUCCGUCGCAUACGCACGCUGAGCACUACCCUCUCACAGUUCUACGCCCCCGUCUCGCGCUUCUCAUCCAACCCGACGCUCAAGUCGCAGAAGGCGUUGCGAGCCGACAUCAUCAAGCUCCGAGCCGAACUCGCCGCGACCUCGUCCGUCGAUGAGUUCUCGAAAUGGGCCAAACUCAGGAGGAGGGUCGACAAGGCCGUGUCUGAGCUCGAGGCACUCAGUACGUGCCCAUCUUGAUCCUUGAGAUCACAGCGAGGGCAGAUCCCACAGCGCGGAGAGCCAGGACUGGAAACUGAGCCUCGCUCUCUUUCCUCCUCUCUCAGAUGCCACCUCGUCCCAAUCGCGCCAGUCGUUCCAGAGCCUUUUCAAGCGCAUUCUUUGGAUCUUUACCACCAUCCUCCCCUUCGUCGUCACCUCGUGGCACCGCAAGGCCGCCGUCUUCUACCUCCCGCCGAGCUGGUUCGGACCCGCGACCUGGUGGUUAGGUUUGCCAUCCGCUCCCACAGGCUCGUCUCCUCCUUGGGGUAUCGCUUCGGAGUCAUACGAUCACAGUACUGACACAUCCCUUCGUCGAAUACGCACAGGUGCCGUCGCCUGCGGUGUCUGGACCAUGGCGUGCAAGCGAACGAUCGGAGCUUGCAAGGACGCCAUCGUCGACUUGACCCAGAAGGAAGCCCGCGUGGCGCAACCUGUGCCUGUAGCUGUGCCCGCCCAACCCGUUUCGAGUGAGAAGGCAGAAAGUAAAGAGGGGAGCGGUGUCGAGGGGAAGAAGGAACUGUAA